AUGUCCGCUUCUCUCCCAGGCAGCCGGGCUCUCCCAGAGUCACAUACCCUCCUCGUCGGUAGCGCCGGUCUCGAACAAGCCAAGAAUGCCCUGAUCGCAUACAAGCAAGGCCAUGUGAACUCGAUGACACCCGAACUAUGGCGGGCCAAGAAGAUUGUCGACUCAACACUUCACCCGGACACAGGCGAAGCCGUUUUUCUGCCCUUCCGCAUGUCAUGCUUCGUGCUCUCCAACUUGGUCGUCACAGCGGGCAUGUUGACUCCAGGCCUCGGUAACCGCGGUACAAUAGCCUGGCAGGUUGCCAACCAGUCCCUAAACGUCGCCAUCAACUACUCCAACUCGAACAAGUCGUCCCCACUGUCCUGGUCCAAGAUCGCCCAGUCCUACUUCCUCGCCGUGACCGCCUCCUGCUCCGUCGCCGUCGGGCUCAACAGCCUGGUCCCGCGUCUCAAGAGCCUCUCGCCCUCCACCCGCCUCAUCCUCACCCGUCUGGUGCCCUUCGCCGCGGUCGCCAGCGCCGGCGCCCUCAACGUCUUCCUCAUGCGCGGCGAGGAGAUGCGCACGGGAAUCGACGUCUUCCCGGCUACGGCCAAGACCAAGACCAAGGCCGAGACGGCGGUGGAAACAAGCCCGGCCGCGGCACUAGAAAAGGCGCCGCAGGCGGACGACGACAGCAGCAGCAGCGGCGGCGAGAAGAGCCUGGGCAAGAGCAAGAAGGCGGCGACGUUGGCCGUGGCCGAGACGGCGGCCAGCCGCGUGUUCAACAGCUCGCCCAUCAUGGUGCUGCCGCCGCUGCUGCUGGUGCGCCUGCAGCGCGGCGCGUGGCUGCGCAAGAACCCGCGCUGGACCACCCCCGUCAACCUCGGCCUGAUCCUGAUCACGAGCUACGCGGCGCUGCCCCUUGCGUUGGCGGCGUUUCCCCAGCGCCAGCGCAUCAAGGCUGAGAGUUUGGAGGAGGAGUUCCAUGGGAGGGGAGGGGAGGGCGGGUUGGUUGAGUUUAACAGGGGGAUUUAG